AUGCGCCCCUUCCUCAACACCCUGAGGCGGCGGCCCUUCUACACCACCACCCUCGGCGCAUUCUGGGGCGCCACCACCAUCAUCUUCAUCAACGACAACGUCCUCGUAACAACCUACGUCGAGGGGGAGUCGAUGUCCCCGACCUUGUCCCGCGACUACCACGAAACCGGCCAUUGCGACUUCAUUCUCUGGAACAAGCUCUUCUCUCGCUCUAAGUUAGAGCGCGGCGACGUGAUACAGUAUAUGAACCCAUAUAAACCGGAAGCAUUCGCGGUCAAGCGAAUCAUUGGACUGGAAGGGGAUACAGUGGUCUUGGAUCGGAGAAGGCGGCCAGAAGCGGGUGAGGGGCCUGAGAUGCGAGAGACGAGGGCUUGGGAUGCGUGGAAGGGGAAGGCGAUGGUGCCGCCAGGGCAUGUGUGGGUUGAGGGGGACAAUCAAUUACUACGGACCUGUAUCGAUGAGUUUGAUCGAAGGGAGGGCGAUUGCUGUUGUGAACCCGAGCAAGUUCUGGACCAAGCCUUGGGAGGGUUACAGAAGUCGGACGAAGGUGGUGCCUUUGGAGGGAAGAAUGAGAAACUGGACGAAAGAGGGACUGCCGGUUGA